GCAAGAGCCCGUUCAAAAUCGAUACAGCGGGACCCCUAGACUAUGAGAACUCGGCACUUCAAAAGACAGAUAUGCUUGUGACGGCCACUGACGGGUACUGCUCCUCACCUCCAUGUCCACUCAGACUACAGGUACUAUUUAUCUGUCCAUUAGUCGGUCCAUCUGCCUACAUACCUGGUGAGUUUAAUCCAGGAUUAACAGUAAUAGAUCCAGAUGCGAAAGAUUCAGUCAAGUGGUCAUUCAAUUCACAAACCUCAAACAAUCCAGGUCGGUUCUCAAUCAAUCCUACUUCCGGUGCAAUCAUUACACUUAUCGACUAUGACGUAGAUGGCAACAAGGUAACCGGCCAAGCGCCAAUGCCAGCAACACAGAAAUUCAUUCUUACGGCAACAGACCAGGGAGGGUUGACCGCAACUGCCACAGUGACGAUGAGUUUUAUGGAUUGCAACGACAUCUACCCGCUUGUGAGUCAACCAGCGUAUGAGUUCGCCACCACAGAGUGCAUUGCCGGAGGUUUGUUACAUUUUCUUUCAUUUCCUCAUGUUGUGGCGACCCUUUCAUACGUUUCCUCACGUUUUAAUAACAGAAACAUAACUAAUUUAGCGUCGACUUCAUUCAGGGGUUCUGGCGGAGGUGCACAGGUGGGAACUGGAGGGGAGAUUAUCGUAACCCAACCCGGAGUGGCUGGCACUGUGAUAACUUUCAACGUUUACGCCGUGGACCGUGGGAUCAAACCGGGGCCUCUACGAAGUCCCACUCCCGCUGUUGUUAGUGUUCGCUUCACGGACCCGAAUCUUCCUUGGAUUAUAAUCGCUGCUCUGCUGGGAGCUUUCAUGCUGGGACUUCUGACUUAUAUGCUCUGGAGAUAUGGACGUCUCUGUAUGGAUGCCUGCGGUAGAAUCAACUGUGCCAAGACUUGCAAGGGGAGACCACCAAGGCCAAAGAAAAUCAUAGAAAGUACCUGGUGGCACCCAAGAUGA